CACCCUUGUUAUGACUUGUGAAUUGUGAUAAUGCGCUGUCAAACUCAACUGAAGUACUUCAUUUCUCUGUAAUCUCCACAACUACACCACCCUUCAAUCUUCUCCAUCUCACUCAUCUUCAAGAACAAUUCUUCAUCCACACUAACUAACCUUCCACAAACUUCAAACAACUCACAAAGUUGAGAGAAAUAAUCAAAACAAAGAAACAAAAAAGCAUGAUUCUUUCUUACCUCCCCAAACUCCAAACCCACUUUCUCCUUCCUCUAAAACCCAAAACCCUUAAAACCCACUUCAACCCAUCUCUCCCCCCAUUAACCCACUUCCGAAUUUUCUCUCUCUUCUCUUCCUUAUCCCCAACUCUCCCCACCCAAAACCCUAAAUCCCCAAUUUCAAUCUCACAACAAUCUGAUUAUGAUGAUGAUGUUGAUGUUGAAGAACCUCACAUUGAGGUAUCAAUAGACAAGCUAUUUGUGCCCCCAGAAACUGAUAUAUCAUCCCUAACUUCAUCUUCGACGAAUACGAAAACCGGUUGGAGUGCCCGGAUAUUGAAGGGUUCCAACAUUGUGCUUAGCAAAUAUGCUAGCAAUGCUCAAGUGAUUAAUGCUGAGUUUGUGAAGAGUAGUGUUGCAACUGAGGCUUGUCCUAAUGAUGGGUUGCCUGAAUUUGCUCUUGUUGGUAGGUCUAAUGUGGGUAAAUCUUCCCUCCUUAAUUCCCUUGUUAGAAGAAAGAAGCUUGCCCUUACUUCUAAGAAGCCUGGAAAGACUCAAUGUAUCAACCAUUUUCGGAUCAAUGAUAGCUGGUACCUGGUGGAUUUGCCUGGAUACGGGUUUGCAGCAGCACCUGGAGAAGUUAAAAAGGAAUGGGAUAAGUUCACCAAGGACUACUUUCUACAGAGAUCUACCUUGGUCUCAGUAUUCCUGCUCAUAGAUGCUAGCAUUCCUGCAAAAAAGAUUGAUCUUGAAUAUGCGAGUUGGUUGGGUCAAAAUAAGAUUCCAAUGACGUUAGUGUUCACCAAAUGCGACAAGAGGAAAAAGAAGAAGAAUGGAGGUAAAAGGCCUGAAGAAAACGUGCAAUAUUUCCAGGAACUGAUUCGUGAGUUCUUUGAAGCAGCACCUCCUUGGAUUAUGACCAGCAGUGUCACCAAUCAAGGCCGGGAUGAAAUAUUGCUGCACAUGGCACAGUUACGGAAUUAUUGGCUCAAGCAUUGAGAGAUAAAGAUUCAUUAUCAUUCAUCAAUUGAUUGACAUGGAGAGAGUGCUGAGCAAGGAUCUAUGAUGGUUGAAAGCUUGUCUAGAUCAAAUAGCCCAUAUUGCUUGGAUACGUACAAUUGGAGUGGUAUCUCUCUACCCUUGCAGGUCUUGCUGUGGCUUAUUCCUACCGGAUACUUACGGCUUUUCGGUGGAAAAUCCUGAAUAAGUCUCUGCUUGCAGAAGCAACCCUCUUACACCAGUUAUUAGGUUACAUAGAAACAGCCUGAUGCACUAGCUUUCAAUAGACAAAAUUUCCAAGGAUCUGUGGAAGGGCUUGUAUCUCUUUUUUUCCCAUUUUGGCUAUCGUGUCUCUUUCUGUAUCAAUACUGUAUUCGCACGCUGCUGUGCAGUGUUUACAGGUUACUGCAUUCCUGUGUUUAGCUUACAAGUUUUGCAUAUUGUAUUAUGUUGGCAUUUUAUUAUGACUUGUAUUUACAAACAGUCAAACACCCUCAGUAGAGGAUUUGAUUUAUCAAAAACCAAAAUCUGAACUUCUCAUUU